AUGUUGGGCCGCAUGAAGUGCCUCGUCGGCGGCGCCGUCGACCAGGGCAGCCCGCGCGGAGCCGCCAGGAGGGUCUCGCCGGCGUCCGGCCGCGUGCACAACGCCGCAGCCGCCGCCGCGGGGCCGGGGGACAAGAGGGCCAUCUGCUUCCGCCCGCCGGACGUCAUGGAGACGGUGCACGAGGUGGCCGUCUACAUCCACCGCUUCCACAACCUCGAUCUCUUCCAGCAAGGAUGGUACCAGAUGAAGAUUAGUGCAAUGUGGGAGGAGGGUGAAAGCGGUAGCAAGACACCAGCUUCACCCGCAAGGGUGGUCCAGUACGAAGCUCCUGAUGUCGGUGCGGACGAUGCUUUAGGCAUAUGGAGAAUAGAUGACGCUGAUAACAGCUUCUACACACAGCCAUUCAGAAUCAAGUAUGCUCGACAAGACAUCUAUCUAUCGGUUAUGGUGUCUUUCAACAUACUCAAUGGUGAACAAGAGGGUCCAGCAGCUUCUGCUGUGAUAUUGAAGUACGAGUUAAUAUAUGCCCCAACACUGGAAAAUGGAUCUGAUAUCCAAUCUUCUAGCGCUACAUCUUCAGCUGCUGUACAUGAAUUUAGGAUCCCACGCAAAGCACUCCUGGGCUUACAUUCAUAUUGUCCAGUUCACUUCGAUGCAUUCCACGCGGUGCUUGUGGAUCUGACAUUACAUAUCGUGUACCUGAAAGCUGGUGCAAAUAAAUCAUCAUUGAAGAUACCAGAUCAAGGUUUACGCCCAACAUCACAUCACAUAAUCAAGGCAUUAUUGGCUUCGAGGGAAAUGUUACUUGAAGAAUUGAAGAAAAUCAGUGGUGCUGUUGGCAAAACAAUAGAAGAUUUAGAUGAUGCUGACUUAAGUCUUGGUAAAUAUGAGUCACUUCAGUCUUCAAAACCCGUCCAUCCCGAUUCUGGUAAAGUUUUCCCUGUAACUACCAAGGGUGUUGGGCAUUUGGCUGGCAUUUUACAUGACUUUCUGGAGAGACCCAACGAUGUUUUUGAUGGCACUAGUGAUGGUAUGCUGUAUACUCUUUCCAGUGAAGAGUUGUUAGAAUUGUUUGUAACCGUGAGCAGCCAACUUUCACUUCUAUGGAAUGCAUUCUUGAAAUUUCAUAGGAUAAAUAAAACUAAGAUACUGGAUUACUUGCGGGACAUUUGGGCCGUUGACAGGAAAGCAGAAUGGUCAAUCUGGACUAAUCACUCUAAAAUCGAGAUUCCACACCGCUAUUUGCGGAGUAUGAGUGAUGACCCACCUCACCGCCAACACUCCCUCCUGAGAGUUUCUGGUUCAAGGAAGUUUCAUGAAGAUCCUGUACAAAAUUCUGCUUCACGGGCUGAGCUACACAGGAAGAGCAUAGCCCAAAUGAAGAUCAACACGAGGUCUGUUCAAGAUAUGCAUAUAUAUGCUGAUCCUUCGCGUGUACCUGUUGUUCUUAUAGAACAACAUGUCAUGGUUGUUCCACAACAUGGUUCAAACAAGGAUUUGGCAUCAAGUUCUUCAGAACAGAAGGAUACUAUUGUGCUACCUAAACUACAAGGAGAGUCUUUGGCGCUGAAAAAUAUCAAUGGUAAAAAAGGUGGACGCGUACUACGAGCUGUCAUCUUUGUGCAUGGAUUUCAGCAGGGACACCAUUUGGAUUUACGUCUUGUUAGAAAUCAAUGGCUUCUAUUGGAUCCUGGAGCUGAAUGCCUAAUGUCUGAGGCUAAUGAAGACAAGACUUCUGGAGAUUUUAAAGAAAUGGGUGGCAGGCUUGCUGGGGAGGCUGUUGCAUUCUUGAAAAAGAAAGUGGAUAAGCUUGCAAGACAUGGAGGCUGCAAAGAAUUGAAGCUUAGUUUUGUUGGCCAUUCCAUUGGAAACAUUAUCAUCAGAACUGCCUUAGCAGAACCUGCAUUGCAGCCAUACUUGAAGAACCUCUACACAUACAUGUCGAUAUCAGGGCCUCACUUAGGUUACUGGUACAGCUCAAAUUCUUUGUUCAAUUCUGGUCUCUGGCUUCUAAAAAAGCUUAAGGGGGCACAAUGCAUCCAUCAACUUACUUUCAGUGACGAUCAAGACCCCCAGAAUACCUUUUUUUAUAGGCUUUGCAAGUCGAAGACACUAGAGAACUUCAAAAAUAUCAUAUUGUUAUCGUCACCACAGGAUGGGUAUGUACCAUAUCAUUCAGCAAGAAUCGAGCUCUGCCCAGCUGCGUCGGCUGAUAAUUCAAGGAAAGGUCAAGUCUUCACAGAAAUGCUGAAUAAUUGCUUGGAUCAGAUGCGUGCACCGUCGUCUGAAACUCGUAUAUUCAUGAGGUGUGAUGUUAAUUUCGACCAAUCUGCCCAUGGACGGAACCUGAACACCAUGAUCGGCAGAGCAGCCCACAUAGAAUUCCUGGAGACUGACAUCUACGCCAGGUUCAUCAUGUGGUCCUUCCCUGAACUUUUCCGAUGA